AUGCUUGUUCAUCUUCUAUCUAAAAUAGUAUUAAAUAUAAAUGAUAUGAACAAUAGCAAAACUUCAUUGAAUCAUUUACUUGAUAAAGCUCGUAUGAAUAAAGGAUUUGAAAGAAUUGGUAAUGGUACUAUUUAUCUUGCUCGUCUUCUGGUUAAACUUGAACGACUAUGUAAUGAAUGUAAAGUACAAAUAAAUGAAACAGUUAAUCAAUUAGAUCAUAGUCAAUCAAAUAAUAAUAUAGAUAAUGUUAACAAAAAAACUAAGACUAAAGCAAUACAACAAAAGAUAUUUGAAGAUAUUGCUAAAAAACAACAAAAACUUUUAACAGCAUCGAAUGAUGAACAUAAAGAAGAAGUUCUAACAAGUGAUGAUAAAGACAAUAACGUCGAAUGUUGUAUUUGUCGAAGUAAAGAUGAUCAAAAUCUACUUGGAUUAGUUGUUAGACUAAUUGAUACUGGCGUUCUUGGAAUUCGAGAAAUCAACAAUAUUUCAGAUAAUUUUUUGCCAUUAUCUAUUGACAAUUCUAAUAUUGAUGAAUCUUCGUUAAAAGAUCUUUUAACUUGCUGUCAUUUUCCCACUAAACUAAAUGAUAAACAACAGUCAUUUGCAAUUGACAAAUCUGGUACUAUUUAUCAGAAAUAUAAACAUAAAAAUGACUUAACCUGUGCUCAAUUUUAUGAAGAUAAAAUACGUGCUAUGCUUCAAAUUUUUUCUGAAGAAAGUGUAUCAAAAUCUAUUACUAUCAGUUGGAGAACAGGUGUAAUUAUUAAUUCUUGUGGUCAUUCAAUACAUUUAUCAUGUUAUGAACAAUAUUUAAAACCUCAUAUUAAAAAAACCAAUUCAGAAAUCGAUUUACCUAAUGAAUUCAAAUGUCCGAUGUGUCGUCAAAUAUCAAAUGUACUAAUUUAUACUCCACUAAUUAGUAAACAAAACGAAUUAAAUGAAAAUUUAAUUGAUUCAGUUACUAAUCUCAUUGAAAAAAAUGUUAAACCUUGUGUAAAUAAACUUGUUUUUGGAAACCUAAAAUAA